AGCUGCCCCACGUGUGCUGAGCGGCCCGGCUCGGUUCGGCCCGGCCCGGCGUGCCCGCCGGUAUGGCGGCCUUGCGGGUGGAGGAAGUGCUGGCGGCCGCCGAGGAGCAGGAGGCGGAGAAGCGUCGGAGCGUCACGGUGGAGAAGGAGCUGGAGCUAGAGUUUGACCUGGGCAAUCUGCUGGCCCUGGACCCUAACCCGCCGCCGGCGGCGAGCCUGCGGGGCGACGGCCCUCGGCGGGAGACCCUGCUGCGGGCUCUGGCCCGCGACAACACGCAGCUGCUGGUGGCCCGGCUCUGGGAGCUGCCGGCCGAGCGCGCCGGGGGGGGCGGAGGGCCGCUGGUGGCCCAGCUGCCCGAUCCGGCCUUCCGACUGCCGCGGGAGAAGCCUCCGCCGCGGCCGCGGCCUCCGACACGCUGGGAGCAGUUCGCCCGGCUGAAGGGCAUCCGCCGGCGCAAGCGGACCUCGCUGGUGUGGGACGAGCAGGCCAAGGAGUGGCGGCGGCGCUGGGGCUACCGGCGGGCGGGCGGCGACCCGGCCCGCGCCUGGCUGGCCGAGGUGCCGGCGGGCGCCGACCCGGAGGAGGACCAGUUCGCCCGGCUAAGGCGGGAGAAGCGGGAGCGGGUGGCCCGCAACGAGCUCAACCGACUGCGGAACCUGGCCCGCGCCCACCGGGCCGGCACCGCCGUCCCCGCCGCGCCCCUCCAUCCCACCGGCCACCAGAGCCGGGAGGAGCUGAACCACGUUGCCCGCGUCGCCCGAGUCUCCACUGCCUCGCUGGGCCGCUUCCAGCCCCGGCUGCCCAAGGAGUCGGCGGAGCUGCCGUCCCGCAGCGGCGGGAGGAAACGCCGCUUCGAGCCGCUGCUGGGCAACCUGGCGGCCGAGCGCAGCCGGCAGCUGGAGAUGCUGCGGGAUAUGGGCAAGAAGAAGCCGGUCCUCGACAUCACCCGCGCCGUCAACAAGCAGCUGCGCCAGGAGGAAGCCGAGGCAGCUGCCGCCAAGGGCAAGAAGAAGUCGCAGCGGGGGAAGCGCGGCCGCCGGCAGCAGCGGACUGGCCGGAGCAGCAAGAAGAGCACGGCCCGGCGGCAGCAGCAGCGACCAGCGGGCAGCAGCACGGGCAGUGGCAGGAGAAAGAAGGCGUGAGGGACACAGGGACUGCUUGUGGCACAGAGCUGGGGAUGCUCACCACGGUGCAGGAAGGGACUGACACUGCCAGCCUCCUGCCCGGUGCUCUAUACCC